UGCAACAGAUGUGUGUGAAAAGACAGGAAGGAAGGAUGAAGUUGAAUUCUCUUCUUAUUAUUUUGCUCGGAGAAGCUCUAGCCUUUGAUCCAUUUACUCAUGGACCAUACAGAGCUAAGCAUAAAACCUAUUACGGUCUAAUGAACCAGGAUUUGGACAACAUGAUAGAUGUUUGGGUCCCGGAUACUAUUGAUACUGUAGACUCCCCUAUUAUGGUGAUGGUUGGGGGGCUGGGGGGUCUUAUGCCCGGGGUAGCAUACUCUACAAUCUUUGAAAGAGUAACAAGCUACGGGUUUACUGUAGUUCAACCUUUCUCUGCCAAUCUAAUCAAUAAUUACGAGGGUGUUUGGUUAGAUGAUAUCCUAUCCUGGGUAGAGCUACAUCUUAGGGACAAAUUAGACGAGGAAGAUAUUGGCAGUGGUGUUGUUCUUAAUCAUAGAAAUAUUUUCCUUGCUUCCCAUUCAGCUGGUGGUCACGUGGUGGUAGAAUACUUAAAGCAUCAUUGUGGAGAUGUGAAAGGGAGUAUAUUCAUGUCUCCAGUUGAUGGAUUUGAUCCAUUUGGUUGGAUCGAUCUGUUUGCCAUCACUCCAGGAGAAUAUCUGAAUUAUGAAUCCCCGGCAUUAGUUCUAAUGGCUGGUCUGGAUGCGCAGAAAGGAACCAGUUUAACCCCAGCUUGUGCUCCAGAUGAUCUCAGCAAUACCAGAUUUUAUGAUGCAUUCCCUGGAACGACUUGGUUCAUUAAUGCAACUGAAUAUGGUCAUGUAGACGGACUUGAACAGAUGUUUGUAGAUGGGGUUCAGAUUUCACAUUUUUGUGCUGCGUCAACUGACGAUGUUCCUAAAGAAGUUUAUAGAAGUUUCCUUGGCGGAGAGAUUGUAACUUUUAUGUCUCAUGUUCUCGGGAGGGAAACCUGUGAUAUUUCUAAGUAUAUGGAGGAUCCAUCAAUAAUGCCAAUAAAGACGACAGUAAUGCGUAAGACUAGUACACUACCGGUACAAGACGAGUGUAUGCAGGGACACUGUCAAUGGCAAGAAGACCCUUUUCCCCAAACUAGAAAAUAAUUAAUAUGUAUGUAUUAAUAUAUAUAAUUAAUAUGUAUUCAAUAAAAAUGCUAAAUAAAA